AUGGAGGAUGAUAAAGGAGAUUCAAAGAGACUAGUGUUUGUGACGGUAGGAACAACGAGUUUCGAUGCUCUUGUGGAAGCAGUGAUGAGUCCUGAUGUUAAAGACGAGUUGCUCAAGAGAGGUUAUACUCAUCUUCUCAUUCAGAUGGGUCGAGGAAUCUAUUCCCCAACCAAGUGUGAUGGAACGGAUGGAUCGUUAGUCGUGGAUUACUUCACAUUUUCCUCGAGUAUUGCAGAUUAUAUUCGAUCUGCAUCACUUGUUAUUAGUCAUGCUGGAUCUGGAAGCAUAUUCGAGACACUAAAGCUCGGGAAACCAUUGAUUGUGGUAGUGAAUGAAGAUCUGAUGGACAAUCAUCAAUGCGAAUUAGCUGAGGAACUAGAAGAGAGGAAACACUUGUAUUGCGCUCGUCCUCACACGCUUCAUCAAGCCUUGAAGAAAAUGGAGUUGGAGUCUCUGGUUCGAUAUACUCCAGGGGACGGAACACCUGUUGCGCGCAUUAUCGACAGGUUCCUCGGAUUCCCUGAUGAUUGA